AUGGGCCUAUGUGUGUCUGUGUGUAUGUGUUUGUGUGUGUGUGUGUGUGUGUGUGGGUGUGUGUGUUUUGUAUGUGACACAUCUUCCCUCUUGAUAAUGAUCUUCACGGCCUUACUAAUUGGCUUGUUGGUCCUCGUUCUUGGUUUAAUAGUUAUAGCCAACAGACGAAAAAACGUAUUUGCAUAUCAGAAACGCGGGAAACCAUUGAAAAGCGGGAAGAAAAACAACAAAAACAACAACAACAACGUCAUCUACAACAAAAACAUCAACAACAAGGACGAUAACGAUUGUAACAAUUGUAGCAAACUAAACACUAACUUUAAAAGUAUAAUCGAUAACAAAAGAUAUACUAACAUCGUAAAAAACAACAACGACGAAUCAAACAACAACAACAACAUCAGCAAAAACUUCAUUAACAACGACGUCAAUCUUUACAAUUGUGACAUCAAUGGCGACAUUGAAAUUAUUAAUGACGCAGUCAAUCACAUCAAUGAAAACAUAAACAAUGACGUCAACAAUGACGAUGACAACAACAAAGAACCCAACAGCAACAACACAGAAUCUAACAAUCACAAUAACAAAGAACCUAACAACAACAACAAAGAAUCUAACAACAUCUUUAGGGAUGAGCGCACAACAAUAAAUGGAUGUGACGUCAUUUUUCAAUAUGGCGCUACUUCCGCUCUGAACAACAUUCCAAUCACCACUACUAUUAACAUCGUCACUUACGUCAUCGUUAUCAGCACGGCCCCAUUCAUCAUCAGUGACGUCAUCGUCAACGUCAUCGGCGCUUCUUACAUCUUUAUUAACGAGGGACCAGCAGCAGUUUCUCUAACAACGCCACAAUCAUCGUCUUCGUCGUCGGAGCCAGUGUAUUCAAUGAGAUCUAUGAUGAAGUCUCAUGGCAUGAAUGACAACCUUAAGAAUGAUUUUAUCAAUAAUAACAUUAGGCAGGGCGACAUCAACAACAAUUGUUUAGAUGUUCGUGACAACAACGGUUUAUUGUAUCAGCAGCAACAGCAACAACAACGACAACAACAACAUCAACAACUACAAACAGUAGAAAGUUGCUCCCACUAUCAGCAUCAACAAAAACAUCAACAUCAACUAUACUGCCAACACGAUCAACUAAUUAACAAUUCAUACAAAAAACUAAAUCCGUAUUUAGCAAAAAAGCCGAUACAACAACAACAACAACAACAACAACAGCAACAGCAACAACAUCCAAACUGGCUUCUUUCACAACCAAUAUCUCAUGAAAACAACCUAAACUUAUUUAACAACGUAAACAAUAAGAAUAACAUAAAUAACAAUAAUAAUAACAUAAAUAAUAAUAAUAAUAAUAAUAUUAAUAAUAAUAACAAGUUACAACUACAACAACACUUCUUACAUCUGCCAAAUUUGUUGCAAGACGCCUGUCCAAAAGCUGAAAAAUCAAUUUACAGAUUGUCAACUUUUAAACCGGAAAAAUCAACAAACAACAACAACAACAUCAACAACAAAAACAACAACACCAACAACAACAACUAUAGCUAUCAGCUUAAGAGUAGCAAAGAUAUAGACGAGGAUGACAGGAAUGAAUAA